GUCAAAUUUACCAGCUUAUUUAAUUGUUAUUGCUUAAUUUGAAUAUGCCAGAUGUGUUCUGCAUAACAAAUCUAAGCAGUUUGCAGCUCACAUGGACACCAACACUGAUAGGAUGGCAGACAGGUCUAAAGAGGUGAAAUCAAAAUCUUCAUCUCCUAAAAAGGAUAAAAGCACCCCAGCCUCUUUGUCUGAGCUCUGUGAACAGCUAACAGAGAGAAUAAGCCAGAUAUCACAGCUUUACACCAUCUCCCAUGAAGACCAACAGGCUCUGACAACCGUAUUGACCGGUGAGCUGGGUCUGAUCUGGCAGGACCUGAAAAUCCCGUCUGUCGACACCACGCUGACCAAUGAGGAGAACCUGCAGCUGCGCUGUCAGACCUUCAGCGAGGUUCUGCACAUCUGCGAGCAGCUGAUUCUACACUAUCUGCUCUCAAUGGACACUUUCAGGAAGCGUGGGGUCUUUACCGACUAUGCCAACCGAAGCAGACUGGUGGCUCAGAUGGCAUCAGACUGUACCAACCUCUUAAAUGUUCGCUCCAUUAGAUGUAGGAUUGUUUCGGGAAUUAAAGCUGCGAGGCGACUCAACCCAUCAUCUGAAGAGGAACAAAAGGGGGCGCUACAGAGGAACACGUCCACUAGGCAAUAUAAACAUGAUCUGCACUUUAAACAAUGGGAAAAGACUGAUGAUCUAAAGGAGAUUGAGGAGAACAUUGGAGAGCUGGAUCUGCAGUGUGUGUAUGAUCUCCUGCCCCGGCACGAAGACGCCAUCCCCUUCAAGAUAGAUCCAAAAUGUUCAACAGUCAGCUUGCCUCCCAGUAUACAGAAACAAGACAAGGAUGAGAAUCCCCAUCAAAACCGAUUUGUCAGAAUUAAGGGAUGUCAUUCCAUGCCAGACUUAUCCAGGGAGACACUUUUGAAGGAGCUGGAGAUAGCACCACUCUCCCGGUCUGCAUCCUUGCUGGUCCUUCUGUUUACUGAGUCCAUCCUGAAGGAUCACAUCAACCCCAGAGAGGACUUAAAGAGGUUAUUGGAAGAUUAUGACGAUGACUCCAGUUGUGAGACAGAUCUGCCACCGCUUAUCAAGGCCCACUGCAGCUAUGAUUCCAGCAGGCUCCAAAAGCUAAAAGAAAGACUACAGAAAAUGGAGGAAGAGGAGGAGAAGAAGAAGCACAAAGCUCCUUCAAAGAAACCUCAGCACCCACAAGGAGACGUGGUAAAAAUGGUGGCGUCACCUCGAACCAUCGUUCACAUGGCAACAGCCAGGAUGUCAGACCGAGUUCUUCUAGAAAACAUCAAACUCAACAUGUACCCACCAGAGAUCGACUCUGCGUUCCUUGCUCCAAUGGAUCAGAACUUGGUCGAAGAGAAAAUAGAAAUGAGGAAAGUCUAUGAGGAACUAUCCAAAAGUAUUUCAACAAAGUAUUUCAGCUUUGAUGAGAAUACAGUUGUGAUCAUGUUAGUGUACAUAAAAUCUAUGUAUAUGCUUUUGUGGCUAAAUGUCUACAUUAGUAGGGAAUGUUUAAGUAUCUUUUUGUCUGGUAAGGACCCCGGGAUUGAACCCAUCCCAACUAAUGCUGCGUGCUGCCUGAACAGAAGCAAUAAUAAAAACCUGUUUAACCCCUCAUUAAUAAGGCCCAACCCAUACAGCAUAUCUCACAGAGAGAGAAUGGAGAGGGCAUCAAACAGGAAGAGGCCUGUGGAUGAGACCACACGAGCAUAUAGAGCCUGGUUUAACUGGUGGAAGUGCCAACUAUCAGUAGAUGAUUACCUUAACUACAUUUCCAACCAGGACUCUGAUUAUCUAUCAGUGAUGUUUCACCUUUAUGACAGCGAGGAUGAGGAGGAAGAGAGACAGAAGCUGGCACAGAAGCAGAAAAAGGAGAGGAGAAGGAGGCAGCAAGAAAGGAUUAAUUUACUGAGGAAAGUGAAGCAGGAAUAUGUUCCUGGAUUCUGGAAUGUCAACACCAUACAGAUGGGAGGAUUGGGAAAAGAUCCAAAACUGGAAGAGACUAAUCCAGAUGAGAAAACACAGGAUGUGUCUGAGGGAGAGAGCAUGUGUUUUGGAGAGAUGGAUGGAGAACAGGUUCAGGCCAGGCUGAAGAAAGUCUGGAACGCUCUCCAUCUUCCAGAGGGACAGAGGUUAGACAUGGCCAUCAAAUACAGCACCUAUGAGUACAGGGACCAUCUGCCGGAGGCGAUCGAUGCAUGGGAGCAGGCUGCUCGGUUGAUCCAGCAGAGGGAGCUUUUGUUGUCUAGGUUGGAGGAUUUCGAAAGGGAGGCAUCUGACCCCUGCAGAUUUUUCCAGCAAGGUUAUCACGGUUCAUCUAUUGCUCGAAUGGAGGAGGCAAGUCGCCGGGAAAAGCUUAGCUCACAAAUUUCAGCUGUUGAUAAAGAAUUGUCCAAGACUAUUGGCCACAUCACAACCCAUUUUAAUGACAGCAUCACCUACAAGGGUCGACCGUACAAGGAUAAAAUGCGCUGGGAUCGUAUCGAGAUGCUGUACUGGUUGCAACAGGAGAGGAGGGUUCAUUCACUGGAGAGGUUUGCACAGGGACAGACAGCUGUACCUGGGAAGUUGCCUCCUCUAAACCACAACCAGGAACUUUACUCUUUUAACCAUGAAACUUUGCAGGACUGUAUUCGACAAUCUCAAUCAAGAGAGAUGAGAGAUACAGCCAAUUACAACAAUACCUGAAACUCUUAUACCCAUGUACAUGUGAAAAGACAAGCAAAUAAAACAAGAUUUAUGUUUUUUUAUA